AUGCCGCCUCCUAGCGACCCCGCGGCGGGGAACCGAAAUUCUUCGCACAUGCAGUCGCUGACCAAACCCUUCUCGCGCCCUUUAAACUAUCUCUGGAGGGGCCUACGAGCGGGCUCCUAUCCUCUCGUUGGCAUUUACUACUUCCUCCGUCACCCCGAAUUCUACCCCCUAUUUGCGGGCCGCCUCCUCCCAUUGUCGCUCAUAUCGCUGCUCGUUUACUUUAUACUCUUCGCAUUCGCAUUCCUGCCCCAGUUUGCUUUUCUUGCCAUCUUCCAUGGAUGGGGCGCUUGGGUAAACGCCGUCGUCCUGGUGCUUGGCGAAGGGUUGAUCAUUAUCCAGGCCCUGUUCGAAGGCUUCUUUGUUGACGAGGUCAGGGUUGACGUGUUUGAUGCAAUCCUGAUCAACUUCUCACUGACCGAUCUGAUCGCCCCGCACCGACUGCUCUUCCCCGAUGCGCCCAACUCGGUCAAGAUGCUAGGCAAGCCCACCUCGCCGGCGGUUUACUCUCCCUGGAGCUUGACACAAAUUGCCGAGCUCAUCAUCUUUCUGCCCUUGAACCUCGUGCCCGUUGUCGGGGUCCCGGCCUUCAUCACCAUCACAGGCACGCGUCUUGGCAAGCUGUGUCACUAUAGAUGGUACCAGUUACGGGGGUUGGACCGCCGGCAGCGCAAGGAGGAAAACGCAAAGCGGACUUGGGAGUACAUCUGGUUUGGCACCGCCGCCAUGAUUCUGGAGCUGGUCCCUGUGCUGUCCCUCUUCUUCCUCCUCACAUCCACGGCGGGCGCGGCGCUCUGGGUUGCGAAAUUGGAGUCGGAAACGAGGGUGGUUGUUCCGGAAGAUGCGGUGGCGGCUCGAGCCGCUGGAGUCCCAUACGAGGAUGAUCCAGUGUAG